AUUCCAUGUCGCACUGGCUGGAGCUAAUUACGCGGCUAAAUAUAGCGUCGGAAAAGGCCAACAUCAACAACACGGCUGACGUGGGCAGCGUUGACGGCCACUACGAGUUUGAUCCUUCCACGCCAACGCCCACGGCUUCCACGCCGACGGGCAUGAUCCGGGACGACUUUCAUCAUCUGAUGACGCUUCCCUCCACGUCGAGCGAUCUGCUGUGGAGCGCGACCGGUCUGACUGGUGUCGUUUCCUCGCUGAGCGGUGGACGAAAGCGAGGCCAGUCGCGCUACGACAAUAUCGAUGCACGCGUGCAGGCCAUGAAGGAGGAAUUCAACGAGUAUCGCAAGCGACAGCAGCUACAGGCCGUCACUGGACCGAGUGUGAUAGAGCUCGAGAGUGCCUGCUAACUGUUGGGAGCUGCGGAGCGAGCCACCGGAGGCGGUAAGUUGUAAGUGUAUGUGUUGUUUCCGCUAGUGACCCGAGUCGCCCCCGGGAGAGGGAUGCGCGAGCGUCGAUUUUGUACAUCGUUCGUACCCAGGGUCCUUGGGGUGCUAAGGACGACGGAAUCUGCGAUCGUGCCACCCUCGGAGUUUCAGUUUCCAUUAAUUACGUUUUAGCUGUGAUUAGUGAGAGAGAGAGAGAGAGAGUGAGUAUGCUCGCAAAGAGUGAUGAUCGCUCAGCUCAGUGACUCGAGCCUGACAGAAUGGAAGUUGUUGGUCUGUGCACAAAGCAAUAGCAAUUAAAUUCUUUUAAAUAGUUUUAUACGUACACCAUUACCACCCGAAAUGGACGAAAAAGGACACGCUCGUACGAUUUCAGAUUCGGUGCGUUUUACAGCGGAAACGGAAAGCGACGGUAGAUCGGAUACUACUACCACGGUACAUAUUACCACCAUUCCUAGUAACCAUGAGAAUAAUGCUAAAUAAGCAGCAAGCAAACGGGCAUACACAACUACAUACAGAAGAAUGAUCGGAUCGGGAAUGAAGCAGUGGUCACGAUUUGCGAGAUAAACACACAAAUCCACUCACACAUAACACAACACUCAAGAAUGCAGCAACAAAAGUUUUUUCAGAACACGUAUAGAAGCACGCUCACCUUUACUGAUACUAAAAAUCACCCAUUUCACAAGACAAAACUCUUAAAUGGAACAAUACCCAUUUGUAAGCGAUAAAACAAAACAAUUUUCUGCACAUUAUAGAGCGAAAGCGAUUAAAAUUGAACAUGAGAACAUGGGAAAUAGCAAACAAGACGAGAAAAAACGUAAUUAAUAUUUAAUGUUCUUCUACCCGAACAAUAUUCACCGAGCCCAUCCUCAGACGAAAAGGAAACUCGAGCGCAGCAGAGGGUGAAGAAAAACGAAAUUGAAGCAAACAAAGAAACAACAGCAAACAUAUAAACAAGCAAGCAAACAAGCAAGCAACACAAACAGUAAAAUGUAAGAGAUUACGAGUAAGAUAUAAUCUAGUAGCAUAGCAACCACACACACAUGCUGGAGGCACAACGAGCACGUGUUCGCUGUCGCAAAACGGCAAGCAACAAGCAAAAAAGUCGAACAGCAAGCUGUGGAUGCUGGCAAAAGUAGUGAAAAGUAGACAACAAACGAGACAACAAGAAAGGCAAAAGCAUACGACGAUAAAUGGUGCCGCUUGCUCCGUGGUGUUCCGUGGUCGAUAAGGUAAAUAGGGACAAGCGCUAACAACAACAACAAAAACCAUUCAUUCUAAACUAGCAAACAAACGAGAAUUAACAAAUUCGAACAAAUUAUAACAAUUGAAGGUGGACAUGAGAAGGUGGUUUCGCGGGUUCAAAUCCGGAAAAUGAGUAAUGAGCGAAAAACUAGCCAAGAAAGGCUAACACACAAUUUAGCAAACGGAAUGAAGCAUGGUGUCGGUGAGCAAAUCGUGUUGAUAUAAAGCAUUUUCGAUUGAUCGUAUUUUCUCGAACGAGACAACCACACCUAGUACACGACAGUUUUGUGCUGCACGACUCAAUGUAGCCGAACAAUUAACAGUUGAGUGCGCUAGGCAAACGAAACAAAACACAACCAUAUUGUGAGCUAUGAACGAACUAUCGAACGAACGAUUGAUUUCUGUUGUUCGUGUGUAUUAUGAGCAGAGCAGUCCAUUAGAGAUAAUGCGAGUUUUCGUGAUGAAAAGCAAACAAAAAACUGCACAAAUUAUAUCUUCUUGUUGACCGAUGCUGUCUUUGAUUGUAGGAACCAAAACACACGAACGAAGCAUGCUGACGCUGGGAAGAAAUCAGUAUCCUAGCAACACGCGAAGUGGUUGUUCUUGUUUUAUUUCGCUUUGCGUUUUAUGAUUAAGUUUACCGUUUUGCUAUAAUAUGUUUAAUACUCUCUAAUGUGGUUGAAGUAUUUGUUUUUAGUUUAUUUUGCUUAUUUGUUUACUUUUAACCCAGUUUCGAAAUGUGUAAACGGGUCAGUGAAAUUGAUCUGAUAGAUGCCACAUUACUUAUGCUCAUUACGUUUUGAGUUUUGAGUCGAUGCUAUUUUUAUAAAAUACACACGCAACUUCAUAAUGAUGGUGAGAGCAGCAGCAUUAAACAGAUUGGCUGAUAAGUUGUUUGGUUGUUUAACGCAAAACGGAAAGCCCAAUUUGCUGCAUACCAUAAUUAAUUAUAGCCGAAGAAAACAAGUAUUGAACUGGUUUCAGUGCUCGCUCAAUGGAAAAGGGCGGUUUUUAUUAAAGCAAAAGCUGCACCAGGCAGAGCGCCAGGGAGUUGUUUAAAUUGAAGUAAAAUCUCUUUAACAAGCGAUAGGACAUAAUAGCUAUCUAGGGCAGUUUAACUAGUAACACACGAUCGAUGAUCUCUCUAUCUCUCAUUCGCGCUACGAAAAGGCAAUUGAGAAAAGAAAAAAAAAACACACACACACUAACAAAAACACUUCAUUCAGGGGUUGGCUUAUUUGAUUUGACAAUGCAGCAUAAAGAAGAGCUGGAGGAGGACACAUCUUAGUCGCUGGCGAAACAUGAAAGCAUGGACUCACCACACACCACAUGACACGAUACGACAACGGAUCGUCUAAUCGCGUAACUUGUAUAUAAAUAUAUUCCUUGUUCUCAUAUGAUUUCCAUAAGCAAAACAAAACAAACAAACAAACAAUAUAGAGAAAGCAGAACCGACAUACAUACAUUCCAUUAGCUUCUAGUUUAUAUCGAGUAAGGUUUAGAAGAAAAAAAAACACUUAAAAUAAUAACAAUUAUCGGAUUAGAAAAUGGAAGCUAUUGAAUAUAUAACGAAUUACAAACAAAAAAACAAAACAAAAAUACAAAAACCAAAAAAAGAAACACGGCAGAGAGAUUGGUUUUGGAUUUGGAAGCUUUAAUUUUGUAUUUCCUGUGAUUUGGAGUACAUUGCAUCUGACACGUUCUGUUCUCUGUUGUUCGAUUUGAUAUUUUUCGCUCUCACUCUUGCCGCGGCCACGCUCACUCAAGCAAAGUACGCAUCCAUGUCCAUGUGAACCUGCCACUACUAAGCACGUGCAAGUGAGUUUGUGCUAGGAUCAGCGCGCGCGCAUUCGUGAUUCGUCAGCAGACGGUGACAAUUUAGUGGUGGUGGGAAUGGAGGGAUGCGUGGAGCAAAUUAAUUUAUUAUUGCGAUGCAUUUAUUUAUUUAUAAAUUCAGUGUUAUGAUACUUAUUUGUACUGUAACGCACGAUAGAUUGUAUGAUUUCUAAAGAAAAAUAAAUAAAUCUAAAAGUAAAUCACACA